CACUCGACCAUGAGAGGAAAUCUUAUCCGAUUGUCAUUUUUAUAACUUAUCAGUUUAUCUAAAAUAGAAUAAUAUGUGAUUACAUCACAACAUUAUCACCAACAUUAUCACCAACAUUUAACCUCUCAAUUCAAUUCAAUUUAAUUCCAAUUUUCCUGCAGUCAACUCCACUCAAUCCCCUCCCAGUAUAGAAAAGGAAAGCAAAAUGACCCCCAAAAUCGGCGUCUUCCCCGCCUCUGGCAGUCUCGCAGCAAGCAUCAUAAACCACCUCCUCCGCCUCGUUCCCGCCAGCGAACUCCUCCUCAUCGCCCGCUACCCCGACAAACUCGCCCAUCUUAGCCGCGAUGGCGCAACGAUUCGCUACGCGGACUAUGAUGAGCCCGAGUCAUUGAAUAAGGUGUUUGAUGGAGUGGGAGUGUUGAUGCUGGUUUCGUAUGCAUCGUUUGAGAUUGAGCAUCGCGUUGAGGCACACAAACGCGCAAUAGACAGCGCAGUCCGCAGCAAUGUCCAACAAAUCUUCUACUCCUCGCUCGCCUUUGGCGGCGACCUUGCGACGACCUCCGUCGCACAUGUAAUGGGCGCCCACCUCGCAACCGAAGAGUACCUCGCAGGCCUCAACCCAGGCUACUUCUUUAACUAUACCGCCAUCCGCGAGGGCAUAUACUCCGAGUCCUUCCCGAUUUACACAGCCUGGUUCGACCCGUCCGACCCCACAUCCUCGCCAAACAACGAGAUCACAAUCCCACACGACGGGUCCGGUCCGGGCGUUGCGUGGGCGAAGCGUGACGAACUGGGCGAGGCAACUGCGAAGAUGAUCAUCUCGUAUGUGAAGAACCCCGAGGGCUUCCCGUAUGUGAAUCGGGUGGUGCUCCUUAGUGGGCCGCGGGAGGUGAGUUUGAAGGAGACGGUCGAAGUGUUGGGACGGGUUACUGGGAAGGCGUUGAAAAUUCGGGAGAUUUCGGUGGAGGAUUAUGCGGCGUUACCGCAAAUUGGGGAUAGGCAUAUGUAUCAUGGGAGGGAUUUGGCGGUUGAGUGGGCGAGUGCUUGGGAGGGGAUUCGAAGGGGGGAGACGGCCGUUACGACGGCGGUGUUGGAGAAGUGGUUGGAGAGGGAGCCGGAAGAUUAUGAGACUACUAUUACAAAGUUUAUUAAGGGUCAGUAGUGUAGUGUUGUGUAGUGUACAGAUUAGUAUUACUUAAAUGUUGGGUAUCACACAGACAUCUAUCCGAUCGCAUCGCCUAUUGUACAUUGUCGCAUUCGCUAAAGUC